CUUUCAUGAAGGUCAAUUGAAUUUCCGGAUGGAUUCUAUCAAAAUUAUCUAACACAUGAACUGUGGCAAUAAAGAUUACUAUCAUCUCAACAUUGUCACCAUUACUAUCAUUCAAACAUUGAUCACAAACUGACAUUAAUCUCCAUUACUUACUCUGCAGUAUCUAUCAUUCAUUCCUGGAUUUUGUACUUAUCUUCCUCUUCUCUGUAUUUGUUCUAUCAUUUCUUCACUUGUGCAUUCCUUGUUUAUCUGUCAUCCACUCUAUGCAGUCGUUGUGGUUUAUUCCCUUCAAAUGUUCUUAUCUUUAUAGUUCGAAAUGACUCAAUUCUUCUCUCGACAGUCUCAUCUCAAUUUCCAACAAUCACAACAAAAUCUAACCAUUGUUGUUCCUCUCGUUAAGUUCUCAUGCUCUUUAGUCAAUCAGGGUAGUACCACAGGUAUUCAAUGGAGUCACUACUUGAGGAACGAUCUCGAGCUUGUGAUUCAAGAGAUGCAAGCUGGAGGUUCUGGAAAUGAAAAGAAUCUAAUGAUGAAAGUGGUGGCAGGUGCAGAGUAUCUGGUAUCUUGCAUCUCCUUGUGUGGUAUACAAUAUUCAAUGUUUUAACACUUUUCAAGGAAGAACAAAAUUUGGACGACAUGGCAAGGAUCUAUAAGGAUUUCAUUCCAUCACCAGGUAGCCGCACUCCAGUGGACGUAGUGGUAAAGCGUCCACUUCUUGCACUGCGCUAUCCAAAGCUUAAUAAUGUAGGUUUUGAGUGCCGCAGCUUUGUUCCUGCCGUGUACAUGAAGCUGAUGUUGGACUUGUAGAUUCGUAGGAUACAAUUUAGAUUCCGUGAUGAUUCAGACUUCAAUAGGAUUGUCAAUACCUUGAAAAGCCUAGGUUUGAUGACAACGGAGAGUAUUUCGCCGGCGCCUGCCUUUCAAUCAUAUCCAUCAACCACGAGCUCGUCAUCUUCGCCAAUAUCUAUGGUACAUCCCACUCCUACUGCUGAAAUUUACAUCCCUUCGCCGCAAAACACAGAAUUCAAGGUUCCCAUGCGGCCAGACUCAGCCACUUCUACACUUCGGCGACCGAUUAGCUCGAAUACAUCUCGAUCUGACGAUUAUGUGUUCAGCAGCCCACAGCCCGCCAUAUCUAUAACUUCAUUCAUGCCUCACUCUAAGCCAUCUAUCGAAACGCUUAAGAAAAAACAAGCACUAUAUACUAGUCAAAUAGAGAGAGAGGUAUGUUGCAAUUUUGUAUUCACAUUGAUUGGCUUCAUUCUCAACUUCUUUAUAGCAAGUAGAGACACAACCUUCAAAUUUCAUAGUGCCUUCAUCGAACGACAUUCCUCCAAGUCAGAUUCCAUAUCGAAGCCCGAUCUUUUUGCCGAACCCCGAUGAAUCGCAACGUCGUUUCUCUACUUCGCAUUCUUUUGAAACUCGAAAAACACAAUGCCUGCCCGAUAGACUGGCCUCAUUCUCUUUGAUCGAUGGCACAAAUAAUCUCAGACACAACGGACAUGGGUCUGUGCUGGAUAGUUCCAGCCCAUUUGAAUGUCGACCACUGGCUCGUCCAGCCGAGUAUCCUAUCUUCAGUGCCAUUGGGAAACGCCCGAUAUCUCUUCCAACUGAGCAUGAUAUCUGCUCUGGCUUUCCCAUACCGCCAAAGCGUCAAUUGCCGUUCGCUACAGUGAAAAAUCCUUCAAGAUCCGAAUCUGUAUUUGCUACAGAAACCAAUCAAUCUGUUGAAGCUUCGGGUCACCGAAAGAGGUCACUUGGAGAAUUUUUUAAUGCAAACUCAUCAAAUAGGGUUACCAUACCUACUGAUAAGUCAACAAAGAGACGCUCCGGAAGUCGAAAAGCCACGCACCUACCAGAGAUGAAUGACCGAUUAACCAAACCUGUACCUUCAAAAGAUGUUUCAGCAGGUGAUAGCCUUGGUUUUCCCAUACUACCUGGAGAGCCGUUUCCACCUGCAUUGAGGGCUUUCACCGCACCUUCCACCUUAGAUCUACCUCCGAAAUUGCCAGAAAAAGGAUUCCCCGCUACAGAACGACUUGUAUCAACUCCUCUCGAUAAACCCACGACUCGAAAGAUGGUCGAGAGGUCUACUCAAACUCAAACUCUUUCAGGUCGGGAUCAUACUGCAGCUCUCAAAUCUGCGCAGAAUGCUUCUGUUGUAGAGCCUCCGUCAAACUUUCCAACGGCUUUUGUAUUACAAGAGGAUUUAGACCUAUUUAUAUCAAGGUACAGUUCUCGCUCGCGAAUAAGCUUGCCCCCCAAUUAUGACAAAGUUCCGGCCGAGGAACGUCAUAAAAUUCUCAAUGAUUUCAUCAUAAAAAAUUUGGAGAAUGAGGACUUUUUUAAGAUGGCUCAGGAUACGGAUGUUUCUUGGCGUAGGAAGGGUCUCACGAGAUAAUCUGAGGUUCGAUAUUAUUUGUAUUACUGCAUCUAGCAACUGAUGGAAAAUUUAUGGGGUAACAUGGCAUUUGGCUAACGGAUAUGUUUAAGGCUGUCUUUUCUGCGUCCGUAUAGCAUGAUGCGAGGACAUACAUUGGCUGGAUAUCUAGGAGUUUGCUUAAAUUCAGGGACCGGACUAGGCUUCCCUCCGUGAUUUAUUAUCUUCCAGGACCAUGGCUAGAAACCAAAAAUUACCGCUUGCUUUCUCUACUCAUGUACAUAAGCCCAAUACAUUGCU